AUGUGGGAAUUUAAAUAUAAGGAUAACCGAUUUUUAAGGCUACAAGAAGAAUUAGUAAACCCCACUAACGUUAAUAACAAUUUUGUGGAUAGAAAUAUUUAUAAUAAUAAGCAACAUGUAAAGGUUUCCCAGUCAAAGUGUACAAGAGAACAAAAUAAUGGCAAUAUAGGCCCAGUAUGGAGCUUUCAGGAGGCACGUAUAUCACAAAACUACCACCACUUAAGAAUGAAAGAUAGACUAUACAAAAUAAGUAAGAGUAUCAGCUCUUCAGCAUCUGAUAAUUCUUUAAAUGUGAUAGAUAAGAGUACUAACGCAAAUAUUCGAUAUUCUAAUACUGAAAUACUAGAAUAUAUACUAUCAUAUAUUGAAUUGGGUGCAGAAUAUGACAAAGAUAUCUCAAAAAAACAAGAACUAGUUAAGAAUAAGAUAGCUGAUCUAUUUAAUCAAAAAGGAAGAUGUAGAGAGGUUUUGAUAAACUCAUUCCGUGGAGUUACAAGUCACUCAGGUCGAAGAUUUGAAUCUACCAGCAGACUGAAAAGAUUGAAAGACUUUGUUAGUCUGAUUGAAGAGCUACAUAAGAACUAUUGCAAUCCAAAUAUAAGACAUAUUAUUAAUCCAACAAAACUUAUUGGAAGUGAGAAUUCAUAUAGAGAUAAUAACUUUUCUUUUUACCCUGGAAGAUGUUUGAAUAUGGAUGAAAAUAAAGAGAUCCUUCAAUCUUGCAAAAAACUAUCAGGAUUGGACAAGUAUAAAGCUGAGAAGUAUGUAUACUCUGAGAUGAGUAGUAUGUAUGAGAAUAAUAACAAUACUAGUACUUUGACUAGAAAAAUAAAUGAACAAUUGAGCUUUAAAAAUUGGGAAUGUACUGAAAUAGGAGUAACUCCGAGUGUCAAAGAUAUGUUUGAGUCUAUUCAAACGAAGAGAAAGCUUCAAAGAGAAAGGUUAAAAAGCUUAUCAUGUCCUCCUCAAGUGGAUAACAGUACUCAUACUGUGAGUAAAACUGGUAAUUUGAGAAUUUAUAAUGGUGCUACAGGUACUAAAAAUAAGGAUCUGAAUAGUAUUAGUGACAAGCGAGGUGAUAUAGAAAGAAUAAACGGACUAAAGGAACUAUGUUUGAAACUAAAGGAAAUAAGGGUGGGCAAGAUAAAUACGCAGUUGCUCAGUGGAAAUGAUCAAGUACCUUCACUCUACCUUCGUAAAAACUUUAAUAAAAAUGAAGACAGCUCUAAUUUGUUUGAGCCACUAAAUAACAGUUCAAAAGAAAGUUUAUUUCCUAGUAGCAUGAACUCAAAUGAAAUAUUGAUUAAAGAUAACUCUUUGGAUACAAUCAAUAACCACUCACUUAGUGACAGUGGAGAAGUUAGUCAAAGAAGGAAUUCGAUGAAAAGGAGAUGGGAGCUAGAUACUCCCUUCCCUACUUAUCGUAGAAUUGAAUAUGCAGAAGAUGAUGACAAUAAAAUUGGUGCUUCCGAAUUUUUACAGACAUCCUCAAUAAUGGCUGGGGAUUGCAAAGUAAAUCACAUAGAUACUGAAAAUGAUACUUCUCUUAAUAAAAAUAAAGAUGUGGAAUUUAAAGAGAAUAAAACGGCAUGCUCUAAUAAUCCUGUAGCCAAAGUGAAUCCUGAUAUAAAGGGAGUCAAUUUCUCUACUAAUAGCUUGAAUUAUAAAGAUACCGUAGAAGCUGGAAAGGAGUAUUCUAUAACGAGGCCUGAUUCAAUUACAACUGAUAAGGAAAUUUCACUGGGAAGUUGCAUGGGGGACUAUAAUGUGAUUUUAUCUGAGAAACCAAAUGUGAAUAACAAUAUUGACAUUUCUAUAUUAAGCAAGUUAGACACUAUGGGAGAUUACAGUGAAAAUAAUGUAGACUUAACAUGUAAUUUGUUACCUGAACAUCCUUAUUUCCCUCCAGUUGAAUUUUUCCUUAAACUUCCUUUAGAAACUGAAGAUCGACCUAAUAGUACAUUAAGCAAGAUGGAGAGAUGUGUAGAACAGGAGAAACUGGAUGUGGAUAUUCUGGAUACAAUCGGACUAGAUGAUCAGAUUAAAACUUUAGAAAGUGCACAAGAAUCAAAGAAAACAGACUUGGAUUUGAAAAAUAAACUGUCAGUAAUUGAAUACUUUCCUCUUGAUAAUUAUGAUAUAUCUGAAGCUAUAGAUUCUUAUAAUAACCUUUGGCACAAGAUAAAUGAAAGUUGUAAUAUCUCUGACAAUACAUAUUUUAACAUAGAUGGCUUAUGUACUGAAGAUUUUUACAAUAAGGGUUUAGAUACAAUUACCAAUUGUCUUGAGAAAUCUAUUGAUACAUCUCCAGAAUCCAUAGAAUUUAUAUGUAAAUUAAUAUAUAAGUAUACUAUAGGCAAUUUAACUCAUUUGGAAAGCCAAACAAUUGCAAAGUGUACGAUGGAGAGUAGAAUCAUUAAACAAGUUCACAAUACUCACUCAAACAACGUAUAUUUAGGUGAUUUUAGUCAAGCGGAUUUAUUUCUUGAGUUCAUUCACAAUAUUAUCAUGCAGGAUAGCGAAUACAUAGAUUUUAAUUCAUCAAUAAAUGAAUUUCUGAACCCUCCAGAUGAUAAUUUUAUUCUUUUAGUUAUGGAUUUGAUAUUUGAGAUACUGGAUACAAGUAGUAUUAAACUAAAGAAUCUCAAUUCACAGAAACCUGUAGCAAUUCAAAAGAUAACAGAGGCUGUGAUCAAGAAGUUGCAGGGUUCAUAUGAACCAUAUCUUAUUAAAAAUGAGCCAAACAAGUGGGAACUAAAACGUAUUUUUCAUGCACCAAACUAUCCUAAUAUUUUAGAAAGUGAAAAGGACUUAUUAACAAUAGAACACUUAUUUAGGCAUCACUCAUGCGAAGAUAAGCUUGUUAAAAGCUUUGCGUAUACAAAUAGAAAUAGCUGGCUACAUAUUGAGCAAUACUAUCAAUCAAUUUUAGAUAAACUGACUGUCGAAUUAAUAGAUGAGCUCCUUGAAGAAGUACUUUUUGUUAUUCAAAAGAAGGCUAGGAAUCUUGCAAUAUAA